UGCAGCUCCCCAAGCCGGUUACGAACUACCUACGCAUUGUACACGGAGACCAUCGGAAUUCUCGAUCGGACGCAUACUACACCCGUUAUGUUCUCAUCGUCCCGCCUUGGUCCGUUGCCUCCUAUCUUUACUAUAAACGCAGUAGAUAUCUCUGCAUUUAAAAAUACUUUACUGUAUUUGCUGGCAUUAGUACACAUUUCCCUACCCGGGCACAUUUGCUCCCAAAGAACUCUUGAUGAGCUACUCAGUGAAGGUAAUAAACUCUUAGCUGCCCGACAGUUCAAUGAUGCACUUGCUCUCUAUAUCGAAGCAGUUGAACGUCACCCAAAAAGCCAUUUAUUGUAUUACAGCCGUGGAGCAACCUACGUAGCUUUAGGGAAACCACGACUGGCUCUCACCGAUUUCGAUGAAUCACUGAACCUUAAACCAGACUUCAGCCCAGCCAUAGAGCAACGCGGUAAUCUGCACCUGAAAACUGGAAAUUUGGAUAAAGCCAAAGCCGAUUUCUCUGCACUGCAUUCUGUAAAGAAUUCGGUAGCCUCGGAGAAGCUUAUGCAAAUCUCUGCUCUAGAGAAAAAGUUUUCCGAAGCACAGUACCUGUACAAAUCUGGGCAUUAUCGAGAGGUUUUACCUAUCCUAAAUUCAUUGAUUGACGUAAUGUGGCUGAACUCAGAGCUCCUGGAAAUGCGCGGAAAUGCUUUGCUAGAAGUUGGCCAAGUGCAACAGGGCUUUGAUGAUUUACGACGCGGCGUCCACUUAGUGAAUGACAAUCGGGCAGGACUGUUGAGACUAGCACAACUGUUGUACCGGUUUGGUCAUGCCGUUGAAUCCCGCAAAGAAAUUUAUGAAUGUCUUAAAUUAGACCCGGAUGACAGUGGCUGUUUGAAACAUUACAAGGUCGUGAACAAACUAUCGAAAUCGAUAACUAAUGCUCAAGAAGCGUUUCAGAAUCAACUUUAUGAUAGUUGCAUUUCACAUGCGAAGGAUAUUCUCCGUCUGGAACCGUCAAAUCAGGACUACCAAAGUCAGGCCAAAGUGCUCCUCUGCAGUUGCCUUGCCAGAUCUCAUAGCGAGGGUGGCGUUUCCUAUUGCGAAGAAGUGACACAGCAAUUCCCGCACAACGUUGAAUUACAAUGUGAUCUCGCAGAGGCUUAUAUCAAUGCGGAAAAAUAUGAUGACGCUAUUGGCGUUUGCGACAAAAUACUGCAUGAAGAUCGUAAUAAUCAACGAGCGGACGAUUUACGCAAGAAGGCUAGGAAAUUGAAAGAGCAAAGUUUGCGUGUAAACUAUUACGAAGUUCUCGGUGUCCCUCGGAAAGCGACGAAGCAACAAAUUCGCAUCAGGGCGCAGACAAGGUAGAAGCUGAAAAGAAGUUUACUCUUAUAACGACAGCGAGAGACGUCUUACUUGAUGACAAAUUGCGAGAAAUAUACGACAACGGUGGUGACCCACUAAACCCACAGCAACAACAGCAACCAUUUAACCAUCCAUUUAGCCAAUUCGGCGGCUUCUCCUUCGCCAACAUGAAUCCGUUUGGCAAUGGCCACUUCGAAUUCCAUUUUCAAUGAAGUGUCUACGGUUCCGUUCACUUCAGUUGCUGCUGUCUUUCCAGUACGCACCCAAGCCUCAGACUCCGUCCCUUCUGCGCACAUGUCCGUUGUGAAUAGUCCGUUUUCUAUUGGCCUAUGUUGAGGGCUCAUCGGAUCCCCAUUGUAUCAGUCAGUUGACCCAUAUGCGUUGCACAGCUGCCCUCUAUUUUUUCUUGCUUUGUUUUCAAUACAUCGUUUGCUGAACUACUUUACUUUGUUACAGCUACCCCCUACUCUUUUGUUCAUUUCGGUGGCCCAUUUUCAGUUAACAGCGGUUGCGGCAGGUUUUUCCUUUUUCCACCAGUAAUUGUUUGAUUUUCGUGCAUUGAAAAUGGGUUACGACACAGGACCAUUUCAUCAUAUUGGAUAUGGUCUAACGCAUUGCUUUAUGACUAAUGAAUCAUCUUCCCGCAUUCAUCCAAACGGUGAGCCUCUCAUCAGUCAGGAUUCACGGCCGUACUCACUUCUAGAUACCUUGCCCACGUUGCUUUGAACAACAACUUUCUGAUUAAGUGUCCAUCCCUUUGCCUAUCAAGUCAUUGUCCGGGCUCGUUCUUGUCACUGGGACCUGUGAAAUUUUAAACUGUUUUUACUUUGUCUUCACGUACGACCCAACGGUGCAGACUUGGUGCAUCUUUUACUCCAACCCUUACUUGUGUACUGGGUACAGAACCUUCCUCUUAUUGGAGCCCAUACGACUGAUGGCUUGAUAGAGUAUACCAUCGAAAGAAGAAGUUUCAACAAAAAAGGUGUGCGCAGUGGUUGCGCGAGCUGUUCUACUUUUGUCGAUAGCUGUCUCCUUGGUUUCGAUAACGCACUGUCCCACACGAAUCUGGAACGCGUAUUCCAAGGGGAACCGUACCAUUCGGACAGCCUUCUGCACCUUGCUCCUUAUUCUCCAUCACUGAACCCAAUUGAUGGCAUUUGGAGCAUCAUAAAUAUAUAUGUGAAGCAAGCUAUGAGACAGAGAUAUUCCGAGAUACUCAGGGUGAUUCUGAGGGUGUAUUCUGCAAGACCGAGUGGGGAAUGCGUUUUAUGGAGCGAAUUGUGUUAGAGGCACGAGCCUGUAUCACGUCUCGG